CACCCACAUAAAAAAGAUUCAACCUUUGCCCAAAAAAUACAAUAUAUUAUUGAUUCAUAGUUUGUCUAUGAGACAAACAAUGAGAUUUCUUGAAGAUAUAUACAACAAAGAUACAAGAACAUAUAAAUACAAAGUUUCUUCAUUUGGUUCUAGAGAGACAAAGAUACAAAAAUAUGACAUAGUUUUAGAAUUAUAGGUUUUUGUAUAGUUGAUGAUGAUGAUGAUGUGAGCAUAAGUCAUCGUUAAUUAUUAGUGUGUCUUUUUUUUAGAAAAAAAAGAAAAAAAAGAAAAAGGUUUUUGGGGGAAUAGAAUAUGAUGUCUCCUGGGAUUAAUUUAGUGAUGACUGUAGUUGGAUUUACUAUGAGUACUAUGUUUAUUGUGUUUGUGUGUACAAGACUUAUAUGUGCUCGGAUUCAUUACAUAUCUGCAAGAAGAUCUUUUCGCAUGUCUUCUAGAUCCGAUCUCAACUCUUUGGAGCGUGGUGGGCGUGGUGCUGAACCUUUCGUUGCAGCAAGCUUCCCUACUAAGAAGUAUAGUGAUCCGUUCUUUUCUUGUGCAAAAGAUGCCCAAUGCAUAGUUUGUCUUUCGGAAUAUCACGCUGACGAUACACUUCGCAUUCUUCCUUUCUGUGGACACUUUUUCCAUUCGUCGUGUAUCGACAUAUGGCUGCAGCAGCACUGCACGUGUCCUGUUUGUCGAGUCUCGUUACGUGAAAUCUUUGACAAACGGUGUCUAAUGCAACCCAUGUUCAGUUCAGCCGUCCGAUUCUCAUCAAGAGCUGAUGACACUCACAGGAUGAGCCCCACCACUGAUGGUCAACCUCAGUCAACUAACGUCGAACAAGAAGCUGAUGAACUGAACAGCUCAAACAUGAACCAGAACAGUCCAGCCACCCCCAAAGUUUUGGGAAACAAACAUUUUGAAAGCGCAUCAGAUGCUUAAGAGCUCUUAAACUGCAAUCCAAGUUUGCAGCUUAUAAAGUUAUGAGUGUUGAUAAAAUGUUAAUGAUGUCAAAGUGUUUUAAUGGUCGUGUAGUGAUUCGUUUGUUUUGUUAGUGUGUGUAAAUAUCUAAAAAUCAGCAGAGUUUGAUAAGUAGAUUGUUUUUGCCACAGUUGUAAACAUAUAUAGAAAGUUGCUUUUAAUAA